AUGAUGGCUGACACAGUAGCAAAACCUAUGCCCCGCUUCCAAGAUAAUUUCUGGGAAAGCUCAGACAAAAAUGGCAUCACUACCUUGAUCGAAAGAAUGAGAGGUGCUAAACAGACUUGCGAAAGAUACAAACAUGCUUAUGAAGCAAGAAUAAUGCUGGAGGAAGAAUAUGGCAAAACCCUGCUACAAAUAGCUCAAAAGCAAAAGGCAUCCAGCAUGGAGAAUGGAUCCAGUAAAGCAGCUAUGGAUGCCAUGCAACACGAAUUCAUGUCAGUUGCUGAAUCUCACUUGCACUUAUCCAAGCUCCUGAGGGAGAAUGUGGCAACACCACUGAGUGCCUUGCUGAACAAGCAAAAGGUGUUGAGAAAGGAGGCACAAACGUCUAUUCAGAAAUUAUACAACAACAGACAAAUCCAGGUUCAUUUUGUUCGAAGGGCUCACAAGCGACACAAUCUCGAGAUUGAAAAAGCAAAUUUAAUGGUGCAACAGCAAGCAACUGAAAACGACAAGCGUGCAGCGUUCAAAAUGGCAGAAAUCACCAUUGAAAAGUUGAAAAAGGUCUAUGAUGAGGCAUUGGCUGAUUUGGACAAGAUUGUACAAGACUGGAAUGUGGAGUGGCGAAAGACGUGCGAGAGUUUUGAACAACUGGAGGUGGAGAGGCUCGAGUUUUUCAAAUCAAACUUGUCAAAUUGUGCCAAUCUGAUGAUUGGAUGUCUCGAAAACGAAGUACAAGCAUGCGAACGAGUCAACACGGAGGCGCUCAAGGUCAACGUGGCACAGGAUCUCGCUGAAUUUGUCGAGACCAACAAAUCCAGUGAGAUUGUUCCAUCACCCAUGGAAUACAUCAAGCUCCAUGCCUACCAUGAAGCAAACCAAGACAGAGGCGAUUUAAAGCACACACACCAUAUUCUUCGCGACAAUAUUGAUGCUGAGGACCACAGUGAAUCAGAAGACCGAGUUCGUGUCCAUUUGCAGCAUAGAAGAAGAAGAUCGUCAGUCUCCAGCAUGGCAUCGGAAGGUACUAGCAGUAUUAGCAAAUCAUCGCUGUUGAUAAAAGCAGCAGCAGCAGCAGCAGCAGCAGCCGCAUCUCCUACCACCAUAGAGGACAAGACUGCUACUCUAAAAGAAACUGCCAAGCCAUCAUCAACACCUGCUGCUGAUCUACCUUCAACAGAGCCAGUGCUUAUGAUGGGUGUCAUGGAAGUGUAUCCUUCUGAUGAGGAGGAUGACGAGGAAGAGUACGAGUAUGUGACUGAAACUGACACUGAUUGCGAAGAUGAAGCAAAGGAGGAGCAAGUAGAAGUGAUUGAAGCCAAGCACCAAGAGCAGCCUGUCCAUGUCCCUGUAUCACAGGAAGCAAAUCAACCCAAAAUGGCCGACACAGUGCCAGCAUCAUCAUCACCAGCGACGGAUAAAGACCAGGGCGUAUCUACUAAAUCCAAGCAGGAUGACAAGGUAGAUCGUCUCAAAUCUGCUUACCAAGAGAUCAGAAAAGAGAGACAAGCAUCACCCUCUUCCCUGCUAGCCAAGCAACCUUUUAAUCCUCAAAGACGUGUAUCCUUUGUUGAAGACACUGAAUCUCCCAUUGACAUCUCCAAGGCCAGUCCUGCUCGCAUUGUUGAUCCAACUACCACCGCACUCGAUAGAGCCCCUCCUGCUCCUGCCCAUCAAAACACUCAACAACAAGAACACGGCCAAGGUGAUGAUGACGAUGAAGAAGAAGACUAUGAAGGUACAUCUGAAUCUGCAGCAUUUGAACUCGAUGACAUGUUGCGAGAAUUGGAUUCCAAGCGUAUUGCUCGUAGUGGCGGUGAAGAAAGUACGCGUUCUUAUCGUCAUCCUGAUAUCAAACCUACUGCAUCCAUGUCUUCUCCAAGCUUAUUGCAACAACAGCAACAGCAAAGAAGAAGCAUUCCCUCUCAAUACUAUCAACAGCAGCCACCAUCCUCAUACCAAGCAUCUGGUCGUCGCAUGAGCUCCAUAGAACCUAUCAGGCCCGCAUACAGCCAAUCUGGCUCUCUUCAGAGCAGCAGCUCCAGUAACUACAUGGACCUGUAUGACCCAUUCAACUCGCUCUCAUCCAAAGAAACUGGUACCAUCAGCACUAAAGAUGGCAGCAUAGAGAGUCAUCUGAGCAAGAGCACAACGCCCCCCUCUGUGCAACUGAUGCAUGAACGUAUGCUCAAGGAUAAGCAACAAGGUAGCUACCAUGGUUCUGUGUCAUCCUCAUCUUCCUCGGGCGGCUCUGUUCGUAGCAUCGGUCAGCAGGCGUAUCACAAUAACAAGUUUAUCCAGGAUUACUACCGUGUUGGCAGUAACCAGACACCCGUUGCUGCCGAUGAGACGACAAAAGAAGGACAUUUUAUCGAUUUUGCAUUUGCCUUGUAUGAUUACGAAGCAUCAGAUGAAGGUGAAAUUGGGUUCAGUGAAGGUGAUUUGCUCGGUAUCAUUAGCAAGAAUGAAGAUGAAGAACAAGGCUGGUGGGAAGCAAGCUUGUUAAACAGUAGAAACCAAAAGAUUGUGCGCACAGGACUUGUCCCCAGCAAUUUUCUGGAGACAGCUUCCUCCACUACAAAAUGA